CAUACAUUAGUUUGGUGACUUAUCAAUUUAAACAAAUCUCCACAGACAAAUUAUAACAGCACAGUCGUACCGUCGGUGUCAUCCUUGGUGUUAUCCUACGUUGAUUUCAUGAAUUGCAGUUUACACCAACACGCUCGGCAACAAGCAGUAAAAUAAUUAUGCCUAAUUUUUAACAACAAACAAGAAAAGUAGCGAGAAGUAUAUUCUUAUUGAAUCAUAUACCGACUAACCACUGAUCGGUAUAGCCAGCUUCGCGACCUCACCUGUCUCGGCUGGCAACCCGAUUUUCGAGUUUUGUUCUUUUUCUUUGUUUCUUCCGUGUCCACGUUGUUGCUGUCGCGUGUCAACGGUUAUACAACGGUGUUACUAAAAUAUUUUUAUUUCUGUUUUAAGUAGUAUGGUGCGUGUGUGGCAGUACUCACGUUGGACAAUGUUCCAGAAGAACUUUUCGUCUAGUUGAACUAUCUGCUUGAGUUGUCCAUUUCGGGUGAGUAGCCUGGUGACCAACAACGAUGACAGCUUGUCCCCCAGACAAAACCUUGGUUCACAACAGCUACCGUUUGCUGCGGACCAUCCUCAGACGCAUCAGCCAGGUGCUCUCUCCCUGUCGGACGACAACAAAGGCAGGGCCUUUGGAGACGUGCAGAGAUCACAUCAAGAAUCAUCCGAAGGUAGCGAGGAAGAGCCAGAUGAUGCAGCCGAGUUAGCUGCCCUUGUGAUGGCAUAUACCCUACGUCACAAAGAUGGUGAUAAAGCUACAGCUGACCUUCUAAGGAUGUUGAACAUUAUUGCCCCUGGCAGAGUACCACAGUGGAAGUGCAUGUUGCUGAAGACAUUGCAUGCCGAUGCAGCCGAGGCAGAGAAGCACUUCUAUUGUUCAGCCUGCAUAGGAUACCUAGGGCCUUGUGGCGAGGUCUCACAAUGUGAGAAUUGUGGAGCUGAACCCGAUUCGGAGUACUGCCCAUUCUUUUUGGUGCUGCCAAUUAAAGAACAGCUGCAGCGGAUACUGAACCAGCCAGACCUCAAGCUGAGAUCAGAGACACCUCCAACAGGAGAUUUCGUAUCAGACAUAUCUGAUGGGCAAGAGCAUAUCAGGCUUUGUAGUGACUUUUCAAGCAAUGACUUAUCGCUUAUCUGGAAUACGGAUGGCAUCAAGGUGUUUGAAAAGUCAAUGUACGACAUUUGGCCAAUUCAGUGUCAAAUAAUUCAGCUAGAUCCAACCGUGCGGAAGGCAAACAUGCUAGUGCCAGCUAUUUGGUUUGGGUUCAGCAAGCCAAACAUGACGACAGUGCUCACACCAUUUGUGAAGGAGCUCCAAGAGCUAGCAACAGGAUUUCCCUGUGUCAGGGAUGGGAAGACAGUGAUCACAAGGGUAUUUGCUGUUGUAUGCUCUGUCGAUGCUGUUGCUAGGUCAGCAGUGAAGAACUGUAAACAGUUCAAUGGAUUCUUUGGCUGUGGGUGGUGCUGCCACCCUGGGGGUCCCCAUUACCCCUUCCUGAGCCCUCCACCCCAACGGCGCACGAAGGAUGCCCACAUGCUUGAGGCAGAGGAGGGAACUCCUGAAGCAGCAGUUAAUGGUGUCAAGGGUCCCUCUAUUGUCAUGACAAAGCCACGAUUUAACCCAGUUGACGGGUUCUUUCCAGAUUACCAACACUGUGUGUGUCUUGGUGUCAUGCGGCAGCUCCUGAAGCUGUGGCUUGACACAGAGCACCAUAGCCAGCCAUGGUAUAUUGGAACGAAGUUGGUAGCUAUGAAUGCCAUUCUCUUGGGCAUUCUGCCACCCACGGAGGUCACCCGCACUCCCAGAAGAUUUGAGGACCGGGCAUUCUGAAAGGCUUCUGAGUUCAGGAUGUUGUUCUUGUUUUAUGGAUAUGUAGUCUUGAAGCCUGUGCUUCCACCACAGUUUUUCCAACACUUCAUGCUGUUGGCAUAUGGGACGUACCUGCUGCUGAAGCAGCGAGUGUCCACUUCAGACAUUUGUGAAGCUCGUGCUCUCCUGUCGAAGUUUGUGCUGCUAAUGGGGAAGCUCUAUGGCACGGAGCACAUGUCCUAUAAUGUGCACCAGCUCCUCCAUCUCGCAGAUGCAGUUGUUUCGUGGGGACCCCUGUGGUAAAAUUCUUGCUUCCCUUUUGAGGGGAGAAAUGCAGUCCUACUCACCUACUUCUCUGGCACACAGUACGUGGGCCAGCAGAUUGCCAGGACUUUCCUCCGAUGGCAGUAGCUGGCCCCCUGGUUGACGAGCUUAAAGGACCCAGAUGCUGCAGAGUUUUUUGAAGAGAUGAUGGGUCGCAAGACAAUGGGACGCACAGGUGCCCAGAUUCCCGGCGAUGUUAUUGUCUGUAGCAGGCAAAGCUCAGGCGCCCAGAAUGUGAGGUUUGAGGUGGCGCUUGAGAGGACCUUGAGUGCGCCACCAGAAAACCUGGUUUAUUACCAUCGCUUCCAAUGCAAUGGCAUUGUAUGGAAUUCCGAGUCUUACAAAAUGCAAAAAAGAGCAAACUGUGGUGCACAACUCAGUGACGGCUCAUUUGCCAUUGUGCAGGCACUCGCAGUGUUUAAGCAGUCAAGCACCAGAUGUGAUGCGCAACACCUUGUGCUAUUAGAGAAGCUGAAGCUGGUCCCUAUGGUUCCUUUUAGGGAUAACCAGCUAAGUGUACAGAUCCUGUCUGUGCGUGAAGGUGCUCGGUCUGGUGCUGUCUUUGCUUGCACUUUCCAGCAAUUGACAUCCAAAUGCGUCAUAAUGGGACGCACAGAGAGCACCUUUCUUGUGAUACCCCUGCCAAAUAAGAUAGAGCGUGACUAAGCUAAUGCUCAAUCGCUCUCAACCCUUUGCCUAAAAUGCACUUGCCCUGUCUGUGCUUUUAUGCUCGCAAUUUUUACAAAGUGGAUUGCUCAUUGAUCAUUAUGGAUCUUUUCUACCGGCUCCUUAUGCACAUUGCACAGUAGUCCCCUACCUUAGCACUACCGUGCAAGCACCCAAAUUUGGCAGAGGAGCGCUAUCUUAGGGGCUAUCGUUUCAACUGCCCAACACGUCACUGGGCAUAUGCAACCUCCAGACCAGGAGGAGGGAAUGCAGUGGAACCGCUCAAGUGGCUAACCGGUUAACUCGCAUGUUUUGGUCAUUAUCUAAUAACAUCAAGAAAGAUGCAACCAAUUUUUAUGGCUGUGUGGUCACGACCGACGGGCGACACAUUUUGUGCCGUGUAGCCGCGCUGGCUGGCCCUGCUGCGAGAAUGACGCAUUUCAAAGCUGUAUUUUUUUAAACUGAUAGCUGGGUUUUCACGUGCAUGCUCACCAGCAUUGAUAGAUGGCCAAAACACCCAGCAAUCAGUCAGAGACCUGUGCAGCCAAUUAGCUUCCCCCACACUGUUCUGGAGAUUAAAUGGAAAAGCCAUGUAUUAGUCAUUACAGAUCUCAGUGCACCAGCACCAAGGCCUCCUGGUUGUUUCUGAAAAUGUGUAUAAACAAUUCUUAAUUGUUAUUUUUUUGUCUGUUGUUUUCAUUGUUAUUAAAACAUACUUACAAUGUCCUUUUUCAAUCCAAGCGUCCAACUUUUAGAAAUACAUUUUAUAGGCCAGUGGCGGAUCCAAGGGGGG